AUGGAACACUUGCAAUCAGUAGAUGCCCAGGUGCAAAUAUCGACAGUUUCUGGAACGAUUGUGACGAGCACAGCUAAGAAAAACGCGUAUACUAUUGAAAGCAGUGCCAGUGAGCUUGUAGCUCUGAAUCAGUUGUCGGAAACGCUCAAGCUUGGCACAGUGCAGAGCAUGAUCGCCGAAAGCGCCGACGGGCAGGUAACCUGCGUUGCGCAAGCGCCCCGCCGCAAUGGAUCCCCGCUGCUGGCUACCUCCGUUUCAAGCAGCCUCGAUAACGCGCUGCUGGCCAGCGAGAUCGCCAAAUCAGUGGUGGCACAACUGAGAACUGUCUCCUAA